AUGAGUCACAACGACGCAACAGCAUUCGAUGAAAAGCCAGCAGAAAGCACAGCUUCGGAUGGCGUGCUACAGACCACAGACGAAGAAAAUAACAAUAAGAUCGAGCCCGAAAAACCAAAGGAAUCAGUGCACAGUGUAUCAUCAGUACCGAAUGGAGGAGCACAGGCCUGGUUACAGGUUCUUGCGGCUCAUUUCCUAUUUUUCAACUCAUGGGGCAUUGUCAAUACCUUCGGUUCCUAUGAGACAUAUUACAGUGUCGAUCUACUCUCCACUUCAUCUUCAUCCGCCAUAUCAUGGAUAGGAUCCAUUCAAGCAUUUCUGUUAUUAUUUGUUGGCGCCCUGACAGGGCCUCUCUAUGAUGCAGGAUACGCUCGUCAUUUGACUAUCAGUGGCUCCUUCUUCCUUGUGUUUGGUCAGAUGAUGUUGAGUCUUUGCAAAGAGUAUUGGCAGGKUCUGCUCGCUCAGGGAUUCUGUGUCGGAAUCGGAUGCGGAUUACUGUGCGUGCCUAGCACUGCUAUUCUCGCCCAGUAUUUCAGUACCAAGAUUGCAACAGCCGUGGGAUUCACGGCCGCCGGUAGUAGUUUUGGUGGCAUCAUCUACCCGGUUGUCUUUCACAAACUCCAACCCAGCAUCGGUUUCCCCUGGGCCACUCGAGUGAUUGGCUUUCUCAUCCUUGCAACACAACUCAUUGCCAUCGCCGUCUACAAAGUCCGAAUUCUACCAGAAAAGAAACGUGCCAUUCUAGAUUUUGCGGCUUUCAAAGAACCGGCAUACGUCAUCUUCGUUUUCAGCGCAUUUGUCGGUUUCAUGGGACUGUAUCAGCCUUUCUUCUAUGUCCAGACAUUUGCAAUUGAGAAACACAUCACCAACGGGAAUCUCGGCUUCUAUAUACUUGCCAUCAUGAACGCUACCAGUGCUUUUGGUCGAAUUAUUCCGGGCAUAUUAUCCGAUAAAAUCGGCCCUAUGAAUGUCAUGAUCCCUUGUGCCAUCAUCUCGGCAAUGCUCUGCCUCUGCAUCAUUGCUGUCAAAAACGCCGCUGGUCUGGUCGUUCUCAUGGCAUUUUAUGGCUUCUUUUCUGGAACCUUUGUCUCAUCACCCAAUGCAAUUGUGGUGCAUCUUUCAGCCCACAAUCGAGCCAAAAUCGGAACAAGACUGGGUCAAAUGUUCGGAGUUAUCUCGUUCGGCAUGUUGAUCGGUACUCCCGUCGGUGGUGUUGUCCUCGAUGAUCACGGAUACAAUUCUCUCUGGAUAUUCUCCGGCGUCCUAGUCGCAGCUUCAGGUGUAUUCAUCAUUGUGAGCCGCAAAUUUUACAGGGGCUUAGGACUGAUGACAAAAGCGUGA